CGCUCCCGGGUCGCGCCGCCUCGCGAAAAUACUUGAUGCCGUAUAUUGCUGGAAGACACGGAAGUGCAAAUACACCCCUCCUCGGUGUCAGGCCGCCCCACGUGGAAGAAUUCGACCCGACUUUGUGUGUUUAUUCCUACGUGACAUGCCCAGGCCGGUUUGGUAGGCGCUUAGGGCCGAUGUGCUAGUUCAUAAGGUAGAGAGGCAGCGGCAGAUACAGUUCACUCCUGUACACACUAGAGGAUAAGUGGUGCCAGAAGUAUGAAGGCUUGGCUGCUACUUGUUCUGACGGUUGCGAGUGGCCCAGCCUCAGUCCGUGUCACAUCUCUCCCUAAUGCCAGAUAUACAACAGCGGACCCUACGAAAGAUCGAGUCGGAUCAACGGAAGACGGACCCACGGAUGAUGCACAAAUAGCGAUCAUCGACGGUCCAGACUGGAACGAGACUCAGCACACAACAGAACACCCCAGGAGUAAGAGACGGGACCCGGCCAUGGCGUACUAUGAGCGGCUGAUGGACCACUGCGGGGUCGACAACGAGGCAGACUUCACACCGCCUCUAACUGGGGACGAAGCGGCCAGAAGGAAAAGAUACGCAUUAGUAGGGUCUAAAUGGAAACGAACGGACCUGACCUUUCGGAUCGUCAACAGACCUAGGUACAUUUCAGAGAAGGAGCUGAGGCGGGUCAUCCUGCGGUCCCUCAAGCUGUGGACCGACGUGACGCCACUCACCUUCCGGGAGGUGGUGAACGGGGACGCCGAUAUCAUGUUUGAGUUUCACCGCGGGGACCACAACGACGGCCACCCUUUCGAUGGGUUAGGAGGUAUAUUCGCACACGCCUUCUUCCCUGAGAACGGCGAUGUACACUAUGACGCAGACGAGCCGUGGACAACUGACUCCCGUUAUACCUCCUCCAAGAAAGACCUUUUCUUGAUAACUGCACAUGAGAUCGGUCACAGCCUGGGUCUGGGCCACUCCCAGCUGUUCGGUGCGCUGAUGAGGAGAUCCUACCAGGAUAUCGCCCAGAACGGGGACCUGUACCGGUUACCUUCGGACGACGAGAUGGGCGCUCUGGCUGUGUACGGAGACUGUCCUAAGAUUUCCUGGUGGUCGAACCACGUGGUGGGCACUAAGAUGGACAUAGGCCGAUACGACCGAUACUUUAAGAGACCGUACACCAUCUGCAAGAAUGAAUAUGACGCAAUUAUGCUGGGGAUUGACAGGUUUACCUACGCCUUCAGAAAGAGUUUCUUCUGGCGAAUAACGGACGUCGGGAUCCAGGGGAGACCACGGAAAAUCAACAGGCGGUGGAAAGACCUCGGGCCGGGGAAGGUCGACGCUGCGGCGACAUCAAGGUCUACGCACCGGACCUACUUCUUCAAAGGUGAUAAAAUCUUUCGGUUCUAUCAGACAAGACUUGAUCCCGGCUUCCCCAUAUCUGCUGCCACGGCCGGCAUGCCCAAGUCUCCUGACGCCGCCCUAGUCCGGGACAUUGACUACCGCGUGUACGUGCUGAAAGGGUCCCGCGUGUACGCCUUUGACGAGCUGACCAAGAAGGCAGUCCCCGGGUACCCCCGCCCCAUCUACACCGUGUGGCCCGGCAUCCCCAAACGUAUCGACGCGGCCUUCCAGUGGUUGAACGGACGAACUUAUUUCCUCAAGAGAGACCUGUACUGGAAAUUCGACGAGGGCACGAAAAUGCAGGAGAAGUGCAACCCUCGCGCGGUGUCGCACUCUUGGUUAUCCUGCUCCGCUGACCGGGUUAUAGGAGAUUAGGACCGAAGGUUUCAUGUAUAUAUUGAUGUGUCAUGUGUCAUCGUCAAGCUGUACCGAAUGCAACUACAGGUCUUUGUUUCACCAUUUGACCCGCGACCUAUUUUGCCUCUUUCCAGUUAUAUAUUUUAUAAUGUAAAAAAAUGUAAUUCAUUCUAAUACAAGUAAGGUUUUCAUGGUUGAUUCUAUUAUGGCACUAUUAGAUAACUAGAUCUAUAUUUAUGAUUGCAUUUGCUAGACGAUGCAGUUAAAAUUCUUCAAGUUGAUUUUUCCAAGUAUGCCUUUACCAAUUUACUACCAGUGCUGUAAUGGUUAUAACGUUAUGCCUAUAUGAUAUAAGUACUUUGUGCUAUUGAUGCUAGUGUUUGCAGAACAGUAAAAAUAUGUAGCAAACAUCAUAUUCAUUACAUAUCUGCAAAAAGUACCCAAUAGAAAAUGAAACCUUUUAACUUAAGACAGAGACAUUCUGUAUUAAUUUCUUAUGAAAUCAACUGUUGUUGUUAUUUUAUUGAUGAUUGGUGCAGAAGCAAAACUACAGGACACUGUACUUGUCAAAUUUUCCGCUAGGAGUCUCACUGUAUUCAUUAAUUGUUAAAAAUAACUGCUAAGUUUUUUCAGCUUUGAUUUAGUGGAUUGAUAAUUACAGUUUAUCAGUAGGAUUUUCUACUUUAUGUUUGUCAAUUGGGAACUUUGGUAGGACAAGUAGUAUGCUGCUGAAUGUAUUUAAGCCAUUGUUGCUACAUGUAAAUGAAGCCGCCCAAUAAUUGCAUAGAUGACUUUUUUAGAAAAAUAACCAAUACUGGUCUUUCUUUUGUUUUUAAUUACCUAUGAAACCAUUUUGUCUAUUUUGUGAAUUUUUGUUGAUCAUCAAGAAUCUGAGACAUGUUCUUGAUCCGUAAUAUUGCACAAUAUUUUGUGGCGUAUACUGAGCUCUAGUCUAUGGGUAGCACAUCAGUUCACUUCUGGUGACCUACUAAUUCAGCAUGUACUUUCUGUACAAACUGGUGUGUACACCUUCAGGUGGUUUAUCAGUUAUAUGAUACAAGCAAAGCUUUUAGCAAACAUAGCACACUAUUGUAUAACAGUAUAAUGUACUAUAAUACAUGACAUUAAAGAAUUAAAAAUGA